UUAAGCCCAUUGCCUUUCGGGCAGCCGGAAUUGUUCGUGCGGAUUGAGCCCUUUUCUAAGAGCAUGGCGGCGGCGGCGGAGGUAGAAGCAGCAGCAGCAGCAGCAGCUUCCACCCAGCACGGCGGCGCCGAGAGAAGGCGCCAUCAGUGUGGCGGGAGCGGGGACGCGUAUCGGGAGCGGCUGAACGACGACGGAGUUCGGACCCUCACUUCGGCGGAGCAGACAAAAGUGGAGGAUAUUGUUCAAGAAGUUUUUGAUGUUUACAAGAGAAACCAUCACGACACCCAGUAUGUUUUGCAACAAGAGAAACAUUUCCAUUACUUGAAGAGAGGACUGAGGCAAUUGACAGAUGCCUAUGAGUGUCUGGAUGCCAGCCGCCCAUGGCUGUGCUAUUGGAUCCUGCACAGCCUGGAGCUCUUGGGGGAACCAAUACCAGAUUCAGUAGCAUCAGAUGUGUGUCAAUUCCUGAGCCACUGUCAGAGCCCAAACGGAGGUUUUGGAGGAGGACCAGGCCAACACCCACAUCUUGCUCCAACAUAUGCUGCUGUGAAUGCUCUCUGUAUUAUUGGCACUGAAGAAGCAUACAGUGUUAUCAACAGAGAGAAGCUUCUGGAAUACCUGUAUUCCCUGAAGCAGCCUGAUGGCUCCUUCAUCAUGCACAUAGGGGGAGAAGUUGAUGUCCGGAGUGCCUAUUGUGCUGCAUCUGUAGCUUCCCUUAGCAACAUUAUUACACAGUCUCUCUUUGAAAAAACUGCAGAAUGGAUCGCAAGAUGUCAGAACUGGGAGGGCGGGAUCGGUGGUGUCCCUGGCAUGGAAGCCCAUGGAGGAUACACGUUUUGUGGACUGGCAGCCUUGGUCAUUCUCAAAAAUGAACAAGUUUUGAAUUUGAAAAGUUUAUUACACUGGGUUACAAGCCGUCAAAUGCGUUUUGAAGGAGGGUUUCAGGGUCGUUGUAACAAGCUGGUGGAUGGCUGCUACUCAUUCUGGCAGGCUGGUUUACUGCCUCUCCUACAUCGAGCUUUACAUGCCAAAGGUGAUCCUGCUCUCAGUAUGACACACUGGAUGUUUGACCAACAAGCCCUUCAAGAGUACAUCUUGUUGUGCUGCCAAUGUCCUGCAGGAGGUCUUUUGGACAAGCCCGGAAAGUCUCGAGAUUUUUACCAUACUUGCUACUGCCUGAGUGGGUUGUCGAUAGCACAGCAUUUUGGCAGUGGAGAUCUUUUACAUGAAGUCGUGGUAGGAGUGCCAGAGAACCGCCUGCAGCCAACACAUCCUGUCUACAACAUCUCCCCUGGCAAAGUGAUGCAAGCUGUGAUGCACUUCCUGAAAAAGCCAAUUCCAAGCAGAGAAGAGACUUUCACUAACUGAGCCUUUUCGCUGCCCUUAGAGAGACUCUGCGGUGUACUGUCCUGAUGUUCGGCGCCAUAACGCUGCCUCUCGUCUUGGCUGAUGUGGGACUUGAGCCAUGAAGCUAACUUCCUCAGGCUCUACUUUGUGCGUGUGUGUCUGUCUUUUGAGAGAGCUUUGCUAGCCAUACCAAAAAUAUACCAGUUUUUAGAACGGAAUAGCUGAUUGGCUGCGUGAUGGUGUAUGGUUGGUUGUGCUGGGUGCUCACUUAUGCAGGAAGCUGUCUCAUUAAGGAGCAGCUUUGUUUUUGAAACAAUGCAGCAUGUUACUAUCGUAAGCAUCUGGCAAAGCAGCUCUGUUGUUUCAUUUGCACUAUGCUAAGCAUCAUGGGGGUGGGAGGAAUGGGAGGGGGGUGGUGCAGCUUCAUCCUCAGCUGCAUGAUGGCUUGGCCAGAGAUGGUACAUUGUCCUCCUGCUCUGGCAGGCAAUUUCUUUAUUUGGCUAUUUACAUUCCCUGAGAAAUACUAAACAUUUCUAGCCAGGAGAUUAGUUUCCCAGCUACUGGAUACAUCAGGAGAAAGAAAACCAAACUAAAUGGUGUAUGCGUAUCCUCACUAUGUAGUUCUGUAUCACAUGUUGGAGCGUACUGGGAAAGUGUGGUCGUGAAGAUUGGUACUAAAAUCGGUCUCCUUCUGCCUAGAGCAAAAAAAGGUGGAUAAGAAUGCUUCUGCGAGAUUUUAUUUCCCUUGCAAACGGCUUGUCAAGGGAUGGGAUUGAUUAUACAAUGAUGUUUAUGCAUUUUAUAAGAUAUAUACAGUAUAUAUAAAUAUAUCUAUACAGUGCAUUCAGAAAGUAUUCAGACCUCCUUCGCUUUUGUCAGUUUUUAUGCUACAGCCUGAUUCUACAGUUGUUUGACAUUCAUUUUUUUCCUCAUUAAUCUGCACUUGCUACCCCAUACUGACAUGAAAACAGAAUUUUGGAAAUGUCUGUAAAUUUCACAUUGACAUAUUCAGACCCUUUGCAACAACACUUGGAAUUUAGCUCUGGUGCCUCCCGUUUCUCUUGAUUAUUGCUGACAUAUUUCUACACCUUGAUUAGUGUCUACCUGUGGUAAAUUAAAUUGUCCGGACAUGAUUUGAAAGUCACACACCUCUCUAUAGAAGGCCUUACAGCUGAGGCAUACUGUAGCAGAGCAAAAUCCAUGAGGUCAAAGGAACUGCCUGUAGAGCUCAGACAAGAUUAUUGCCAGGCACAGAUCUGGGGAAGGCUACAAUAAAAUUUCUGCUGCACUGAAGGUUCCUAAGACACAGUGGCCUCCAUAAUUCUCAAAUGGAAGAAGUGUGGCACAACCAGGACACUUCCAAGAGUUGGUCGCUGGUCAAACUGAGCAAUUGGGGGAGAAGGGCCUUAGUAAGAGAGGUGAGCAAGAACCCGAUGGUCACUCUGAUUGAGCUCUAGAGAUCGUCUGUGGGGAUGGGGCAGAGUACCAGAAGGACAACCAUUACUGCAGUCCUCCACCAAUCUGGGUUUUAUGGCAGAGUGGCUAAAUGGAAGCCUCUCCUAAGUGCAAAACACAUGAAAGCCCAUUGCAGCACCCGAAGAACUCUCGAGAUUGUGAGGAACAAGGUUCUCCAAUGAAACCAAGAGUUGAGAUCUAGCCUCAAUUCUAAAUGUUAUGUCUGGAGGAAACCAGGCACCGCUCACCACCUGUCCAAUAUCCCAACAGUAAAAGCAUGGUGGCAACAGCAUCAUGCUGUGGGGGUGUUCUUCAGCAGCAGGGAGUGGGAUAUGUCAGGGUUGAGGAAAAGUUGAAUGGAGCAAAGUACAGGGAUAUCGUCAAUAAAACAUGUUCCACCACACUCAGGACGCCAGACUGGGCCAAAGGUUCACUUUCCAACAUGACAAUGAUCCUAAGCACACAGCCCAGACAACACAGGAGUGGCUUAGGGACAACUCUCUUUAAUGUCCUAGAGUGGCCCAGACAGAGCCCUGAUAUGAACCCCAUUGAAUAUCUCUGGAGGGACCUAAAAAUGGCUAUCCACUAACAGUCACCGUCCAACCUGACUAAGCUAGUGAGCUUGAGAGGAUUUGCAAGGAAGAAUGGCAGAAAAUCCCCCAAUCCAGGUGUGCAAAGCUUGUUGCGUCAUACCCCAAAAUACUUAAGACUGUAAUUUCUGCCAAAGGUGCUUCAAAGCACUGAGUGAAGGGUCUGAAUACUUAUGUCAAUGUGAUAUUUCAGGUUUUUUUUCCUUUUUAAUAAAUUUACAGACAUUUCUAAAAUUCUGUUUUCACUUCGACAUUCUGAGGUACUGAAUGUAGAUUAAUGAGGAAAAAAUGAUUUUCAACAACUAUCAGGCUGCAGUAUAGCAAAAUUGACAAAAGUGAAGAGGUCUGAAUACUUUCUGAAUGUACUGUAUACACUAAUUCCUUUCUUAUUACUUGUACAGUUGUGACUUAAUAAAAU